AUGGAUGUGAUAGCUCAGGCGCAGUCGGGAACCGGCAAAACGGCCACCUUUUCGAUCGCUAUUCUCCAACAAAUCGAUACAUCACUUAACGAAUGUCAGGCCCUUAUACUGGCGCCGACCCGCGAGUUGGCCCAACAGAUCCAGAAAGUGGUGUUGGCUUUGGGCGACUACAUGAACGCCCAGUGCCACGCCUGCAUCGGCGGCACUAAUGUUCGCGACGAUAUGCGUAAGCUUGAGAUGGGAGUCCAUAUAGUGGUCGGCACUCCCGGACGCGUCUACGAUAUGAUCACUCGACGGGCUUUACGUCCGGAUCACAUCAAGAUCUUUGUGUUGGACGAGGCCGACGAGAUGUUGUCCCGUGGAUUCAAAGACCAGAUCUAUGACGUGUUCAAGACUUUGAAUCAGACGAUUCAGGUGAUCCUAUUGUCGGCCACAAUGCCGGCGGAGGUGUUGGAAGUGACCAAAAGGUUUAUGAGAGAACCGAUCCGUAUUCUCGUCAAGAAGGAAGAGCUCACUCUCGAGGGAAUCAAACAGUUCUUCGUUCUGAUAGAUCGCGAGGAAUGGAAAUUCGAUACGUUAUGCGAUUUGUAUGAAACG